GUCACGGUUUCACAAAUAAUUACUUACACUAUAAAUUUCUGUUGACUGCACACAAUCAAAAUUUAACUCAAGGUUAUUUACAUAAAAAACACCAUGUCUUCAAAAUCGACACCAGUUGUAAGGAACAUGAAGAUGAAAGUGCAAAAGGUGCUAGUUUAUGAGCCUGUUAAAGCUGACAAAAAAAUCAUGAAGUGUCUUCCAGUCCCUCCAGGAGGUAGGGGAAUAAAAUUGUGCGAGUACAGACAAAUGAACCGUUCAUGCUUCCCCAAACUCUGCGACUGCCCACUAAGAGAACAGCCUCUGAGCCGUCGGUCCAUGUUUUUCAGAAAAGCCUGUUUCACCGUUAAAAUUAUGGCAUUGGCGGUCAUGUUGAAAAUAACAUAUGAUGCCGGUUUUUGGUCACAUCCUGGAAAUUCUAAGAAAUUAGUAGAAAAAAUAUCAGAAACGCUCAACCUAAAGGGGCAAAGAGACAGACAAAUAGUAGAACCUUCAAAACCCUCCAAGAAUAUUGAUGAGGAUUAUGAGAAUGAACCGCAUAACAUUUCCAACAUCUGGAAUGGAAUCAUAUUGACUUGUGCCAGAAAUUUAUUACAACUAGAUCCCUCAAGACAAUAACAAGCUCAUGUCCAUCUCAAGAAUACACGUGCCAUCAAGAAAAGUUCAAAUUACCAAAUGUUAAAAAUCACUAGCAAGCAAAAAUCUAUUUUAAAAGAAAAUCAAUUAUGUAAUGAGUGAUUAAUAAAUUCCAAGUAUGUACUUGUGUAA